AUGCACACUGAAGAAACCAUAAUAAAUCUGACAAAGCAGGCCUCUAACCUGGAUUUGCAGAGUACCAUUGUCUCAUGCUUAUUCUCCAUUAAUCAAAAAGGGCGUGAAUACCUUUCUGGAAAUCUACGAGAUGAACUCCAAUGCCCUUCAGAGCAGAGCAGCCCGAGGAGACCAGAGGGAGCUGGCUGGACCAGGGACGGGCAGGUGGGGAAGGGACCCGCCCCCAGCCGCAGCCCGGGGACCACCGCCUCACACCGCCUGGCGGCCUGCGGGGCCCUCAAGCCACACCGGGACCGUACCCCGGCGGACACGGGCCCCUCGCCCCCGGUGCCAGCCCCGCCAGGGAGCAGGUGUGGGAUGUGCCUCGGCAACCUUUGCCCUGGAGCUGCCGGGGCCGGUGUGUACACAGCAGGGCCGCGGGGGCCGGAGCGCGGUUCUCCGCCUUCUCCUCAGGCGCCUCAGCGCGUCGCCCCCUGUGCUGGGGCCGUUCCAGCCCCCUCGCCGCGGGCAGCCCCGGCUCUCACGUCCGCGCCCUCGGGUCCUGCGGCUCGCCAGGCCCUGGCGCCUCUCAGCUUCUGUGCCAGGAGCCCCAGGGCCGGGUGGCAUCUGCACAGCUUAGGAUCCCGCGAAUUUAAUACAGAACGUGCCCCAGUGUUAAGAGUGUGUAUUGACAGAUUACACGAAAUAAGAUUCGAUCAGGCUGAAAAUUUGUACUCGCACACAUAGGAUGCAUCUGUAUGCCUGUCCCCAGCAUAGAGAUGUUGGAGGAGUUUGUUUUCAUUUUAACCACGAGUAAUAUUGCAGAAUCUGGUAGUAUGUCAGAGCAGUUGUCUUAGGUAACCUUGUUUAUUGAUUGAAUUCUGAGAUAGAGCAACUAUCUUCACAUCAAGGUCUUCUUGACUAUACUCAGAGAAGUACUGACAAACCUCCUUAAAGGAAUGAACAC